UUUUCUUAUCACGGUGGUCUAAAACAGCCUCAAAAAUCCCCACUUGGGAACAUACAUAUUGAUGAGAAUUUUGGUGUCAAUCACCCUUGUCUCUAUUGACAACAGUCUGUGAUUGGUUGGCACUUUUGAAGGCGGGCUGUAGUAAUGUUUACCUUCUUGCUUCACCCCUGUGGCUUUUUUGCGCGAACUGUCCUAUUGAUAUGCGUACCUGCAAUCACAACCAAUUGUUCUACGAUUUCGCACAUUUUAACAAUACAUCGCGUGGGUAUGAUCAUAAGCUUCUCUGGCGACAAACUGACAACACCGUUUCAAACUACGCUCCUGCACCUCCGUUCCGAUCUCGUCAACAUGCCCAAAACUAAACCGUCCAAGAAGUCCCAAUCGGCCGCAUCUGGGUGCAGCAUCAACGUCACGAUUGACGGACCAAACCACCGGUUGAGCGCGCGAGCUCGGGGCGGCCCACCGACUCUCAGAAAUCCUCGGCGGGACUGGCGUUUCUGGCGCGGAGCUUCCACGGCGGUCAAGACCGAGAUCACGCCUGUCUUCAGACGGUGGAUGCGUGAGACGGUCCCCGAGCAGGACAAGCUGGACUUCGCCAUGCUGGACUUGGACGGAAAGAUUGAGGAGAUAGCCGGCAGCGCUCUUCUCUUGGCCGGGCCGCUAAACGACUUCUACCUCACCAAGAUCGGGGGAGAAGUCUCAGCCCGGCUCAAGAGAAACAACAGUACCGGCAUGGCCAGCUUCGAGAGGGACAUCCCACCGACCGUGUUCUCGCAGCUGAUGUACCUCAUGAAGCGAUAUGGCGGCCAUGUCGACCUGUCCCAGACCAGCAAACCCGGCAUGUACGGCAACGUCGAGGUGACGAUCACAAGCCUUGACGUUCUGAAGAAAGUGCUCAGUGGGACAAGAUCUGAUGGGAGGAACUACCUGGCCAAGUUCCAUUUUGACAAGGAACGAACCCCUGAUGGAGUACGCAGCCACUACAGGGGAAAGAGCAAGGUGGUGGUCAGUGAGUCGAGGCCGUUCCGGUUCUCAUACAACAGCAGCAGAGGGAGGCUGACUGUCUCCUUCUACCGACAGACCUGGGACCGGAAUGGCCUAGUAGAGGACACGAUGCUCAUGUCCCACAAAGCGAGGAGGCUGCUGGUUCUUCUACUGAUCAUCCUGAAGGAAGCUGGACCGACCGCAGCCUGCAGCAGCAGCUGUUCAUCAUUACAAUGUUACUGCAGCAGCAGAUUCCUCACCAGUGUUCCUCAGGACCUGCCUACAAACAUCACUCAGCUUUACUUACGGAGCAACGCCAUCACAAACUUAAUUAGGGAAGGUUUCCUAUUGAAUAUCUUUGGUCCAAGUGUUAGGAUUGACAACAACCCCUGGCAGUGUGACUGUAGGAUGGCCCCCUUUAGACAGAGGAUGAACGGGUCCUACCCAUUUGAAGACCAGAUCAGAUGUGCUGGACCUGUUAACAGCCAGCAUGUCUAUAAUGUUCCAACUGAUGACCCAGUGUAUGACACCAUACCCGAAAUCAACCAAAGGGAAAGCCCAUACCAAGGUGCUGGCAACAUACACCUUGGCAGCUUUAACAACGGAUAUGAGGUUCCAUCCCCCUCCCUGGGCCCUGAAAUUGGUGCCCGUCCACAAGCAAGACAAGGUUUGAAUUCACAGUCCCACAGAUAUGUGAACAACCAGGUUAGUGCAGCUGCUAGACCAAACCACUAUGAACCCCUGAGGAACCCCAGUGGUCAGCAGCAGCACACCUACACAUCCCUGCUGCCUCAGUACUUGCAACACCGUUAG